CUAAACAAUUGCGCCACUUGUCAUUCUUUGCAUCCGCGCACUUGGAAUUCCACGCAGCGGUUGUGUGCGGUAAAGUUUGAGAUGCCCCGGCCACCGAAAGUACCCGUCCGGACACACCUUUCUUCGUGAAUCUGCUACGGACAGCUGUUGCCGGAACGGAACAAAACAAAACAAAGGCGUAGGGAAUCGCGGAACACCGCAGGGGACUUCGCCAGGUUACCAGGCGAACCUGUCGUCGAGUUUGACUGAGGUGGAUGAGCCAUGAUAAGCCCAGCGCACAGGGACGAGCGCGAGCGGAUGCAUCCGACGACAAAAACAGCAAGCAACAGCAACAGCUGCCCGCUAUCUGUCCGCUUCUUGUCCCCCUUCUCGUGCUCAGCCCAGCCCUCUUGCUUGUGUGUAUUGAUAUAUAUAGAUCAUCUCCUCUCAAUCUCACCAGUCUCAGCGGCAUAAAGCAGGCAGGGGAAUGGAGAAGGCCUACUUGUGGAGGAGCAAAAAGAGGGACGAUCUGGUCCGGUUGCAGGACUUGGUGGAGGGUGAAGAACGUGAGAAGCCGGAGUGUGCGCUUAAGAUGCAGGAGAUCCCCCCGCCGCAGACCCCCCGUGAGCCCAUGGAGUUCCUCGCCAGAUCGUGGAGCGUCUCCGCUUCCGAGAUCUCCAAGGCCCUCCUUCGGAACAAGAAGAGAAACUUCGUGGUGGAUCGUCUGCCGGAGAUGAUGCAUCCUGACUUUUUUGUCGUCGCUGCGGCCAACGCCGGAGCUCCUCUGACUGCCAGUAAGCGACCUCGCGGUGGCGGGAACAACAUAAUUACCCACAAUAGAACAAUCGGGAAACUGUUUCACCAAAAAGAAAGCAGCAGAACCAAAGAGAGGAGUAAGGAGAAAGCCCGCGCCGAGAAAGCCCGCAUCCACGCCGCGGUGUCCGUCGCCGGAGUCGCUGCGGCUGUUGCUGCCAUCACUGCGGCCUCGAACUCCGAGAACCAAACAUCGAAGAUGAGCGCCGCCAUGGCCUCUGCGACCGAGAUCUUGGCGUCGCACUGCAUCGAGAUCGCAGAGCAAGCGGGGGCCGACCACGAGCUUGUGGCUUCUGCUGUCCGAUCUGCGGUCGACGUAAAAACUGCCGGAGAUCUGAUGACUCUCACGGCCGCUGCCGCAACAGCGCUACGAGGAGCCGCUGCAUUGAAGCUGAGACUGAACAGGGAAGCAAGGAACAACGCUGCCACUGUCAUCCCUUACGAGAAGAGUCAAUGUGGAAGCCCAGAUAUCUGGUGCAAAGAAGGCGAGCUGCUCAAACGCACCAGAAAAGGAACUUUGCACUGGAAGAGAGUAUCAAUCUACAUCAACAGGAAGUCACAGGUCAUAGUGAAGCUCAAAAGCAAACAUAUAGCAGGGGCACUUUCCAAGAAGAAAAAGAGUGUUGUCUAUGGCGUAUACGAUGAGAUUCCGGCGUGGCCCGAGUGUGCAAAGGAGUUUAUGGAGGACAGAUGCUACUUCGGUCUGAGAACAGCGCAGGGUUUGAUAGAGUUCGAAUGUGAGAACGAGACCACCAAGCAAAAGUGGGUGAAUGGAGUGCAGAACUUGCUUAGACAAGUAUCAAGCAGUGUUGGUGAGAAAAUAGAGCAGUCCAUGGAACUACUAAAACUCACCUGAUGCAUGGUAUGAAUCGAUCAGUAUAGGUGCUUGAAAAAUUGAAUGAGCACCCUGCUCUACACCAUUGGUUCUGUUAUGAAGAUAGAGGAUAUGCUCAUGCAUAUAAAGUGAAGAAAAUUUGUUUCUUCCUUCGAUUGUGAUCCAAAUGCUACCGUGUGAAAAGAAGAGUUGAGUUUGCUUGUGAGCUGUAACAUACUUGUCUUCCGGAAUCUGGUGAAAAGAAGAUCAAGGUAAUAUAAACAUGAAUGUUCUUUUCUA